AACGGGCAAUGCGAGCGCACGAACCAGCAGCUCGAAGCGGCCCUCCGCUGUACCACACAGGCCCGUCCUAACACCUGGAGCGACCAGCUUCCGUGGAUAGAAUAUGCGCACAACUCUCUGCCAAACGCCUCCUCCGGAACAAGACAUUGCGGUUCCGUCGGUCCAGACGCAUAUCAAUCGUUGCUCCAGGGUUUGGGAACAGGCACGCUCCGCGCUCCUACGGGCCUCCGAGAAGUCAUGCGCCCAAUCUGACCGCCGCCGCACACCUGCGCCGGCCUAUACGGUUGGUCAAAAGGUGUGGCUCUCUUCGAAGUCCUUGCCGCUGAAGACUGAGUCGGCGAAGCUCGCCCCCCGGUUCGUAGGCCCCUUUGAGGUCAUCAAGGUGGUAAACCCCAACGCAGUGCGUCUUCGGCUCCCUGCUCAUUACCGGGUGCACCCCACGUUCCAUGUCUCCCACGUCAAGCCGGUUUCCACAAGUCCGUUGGCCCCCCCUGUUCCGCCCCCUCCACCGCCUCUGUCGGUCGACGGGCAUCCGGCCUACAGGGUGGAGCGGCUUCUGGAUGUUCGCCGCCGUGGCCGGGGGCUCCAGUACCUGGUUGACUGGGAGGGCUAUGGCCCGGAGGAGCGGUCCUGGAUCCCGGCCCGGUGGGUGUUGUCCCGCGUGCUCAUCCGGGAUUUCCACCGUGCCCAUCCCGGGGCUCUUCGUCGUGCGCCAGGUGGCGCCCGUAGGGGGGGGGGUCCUGUUAGGUCCUCUUCCCCUUCCUUUUGAGACAUGCCCACCUCCAGCAGGUGUGCAUGUUUUUACUUGAUUACAGGUCAGACGAGUGGAGCGGCCACACCUGAGGGCAAUUAACAUCAGCCAGCCUUAAAAGCCAAGCAGACGCUCCACCUCGUCGCCCGAUCAACUCGUCUGGUUCCACCGACCUGUUCUCUGCGCGCCCCUUGUCGGAUUCCACGCCUGUCUCCCUCCGAGCUCCCUUGCCUCACGCCAGCUCAACUACCCCGAGCCAAGUCACCAGCCCUCGCCACACUUUUGUGAUCACUAAUAAAAAGAGCACGCAUCUCACCCCUGUGUGUCUGCUCCGGGAUCCUCUCUUGCUCACGCAACC